CCCUGGCUUGGCGGAGGCGGCGGCGGCCGGAGCGCGGCGAGCGGGGCCUCCUGGGGCCGGCGGCGGAGGGAGUGAGACCGGGCGGGUCUCCGGGCGGUCGGGCCCAUGUUGAACAUGUGGAAAGUCCGGGAGCUGGUGGACAAGGCCACCAAUGUGGUUAUGAAUUAUUCAGAAAUAGAGUCUAAGGUUCGAGAAGCAACCAAUGAUGAUCCAUGGGGACCUUCAGGGCAACUCAUGGGAGAGAUUGCCAAGGCUACGUUUAUGUACGAGCAGUUUCCAGAGCUCAUGAACAUGCUGUGGACUCGGAUGCUGAAAGACAACAAAAAGAACUGGAGAAGAGUUUAUAAGUCUUUGCUGCUCCUAGCUUACCUCAUAAGGAAUGGAUCAGAGCGUGUUGUUACAAGUGCCAGAGAACACAUUUAUGAUUUGCGAUCCCUGGAAAAUUACCACUUUGUAGAUGAGAAUGGCAAAGACCAGGGGAUAAACAUCCGCCAGAAGGUGAAAGAAAUGGUUGAGUUUGCUCAAGACGACGAUCGGCUUCGGGAAGAGAGGAAGAAAGCAAAGAAGAACAAAGACAAAUACAUUGGGGUGUCCUCGGACAGCGUCGGAGGGUUCAGAUACAGUGAAAGAUAUGAUCCUGAGCCCAAGUCCAAAUGGGAUGAAGAAUGGGAUAAAAAGUCAACUUUUCCUUUCAGUGAUAAGUUAGGGGAGCUCAGUGACAAGAUCGGCAGCACGAUCGAUGACACCAUCAGCAAGUUCCGAAGGAAAGAUAGAGAAGACUCUCCAGAAAGGUGCAGUGACAGUGAUGAGGAAAAAUCAAGAAGAGGCAAAUCUCCCAAAGCUGAAUUUAAAGAUGAAGAGGAGACUGUGACAACAAAACACAUUCAUAUUGCACAAGCUACAGAAAUUACCACCAUCAGACAGAAACGCUCAGCAAAUCCUUCAAAAACCAUUGACUUGGGAGCAGCAGCUCAUUACACAGGAGAUAAAGCAAGUCCAGAACAGAACUCUGCUGCUCAUCCUGCACAGCCUACGACAAAGGCUGCUGUGCCCUCUGGCAGCAAGUCCUCUAAUGACCUGGUUGACCUGUUGUUUGAUGGAACCAGCCAGCCAGCUUCCACAGGUGGAUCAAGUGACCCAUUUGGAGGAUUUGCUGAUUUUAGUUCACCUGCUGCUUCAGCGAGUUUCCCAUCGUCUCAAGGUACAGCAACAAGUGGAAAUGGAGACUUUGGUGACUGGAGUGCCUUCAACCAAGCUUCUCCUUGUACCAGUGCUUCGUCUGGAGAGCUCUUCAGCAGCACGGCACAGCAGCCAGCUCUAGAGCUCUUCAGUGCCUCACAGCCAGCUCCGGGCCAGCCUCCAGCUGCUUCCAAUUCUAUGGAUCUUUUUGAUUUGAUGGGACCCUCUCAGACAACCAUGACCUCCUCACAAAGCAUGAAUUUCUCCAUGAUGAGUUCCAAUUCCGUGGGUGUCAGUUUACCCAUGUCCAGGUCACAGCCUCUGCAAAGCAUGAACCCAAUGAUGCCGAAGCCUAACUCACUUUAUAAUGCAAGGACAGAGAUGGUCCAGAAAAAUGCAAGCAAAACUCUACCCUCAACUUGGUCAGAUCCCAGUGUAAAUAUCAGUUUGGACAAUUUAGUACCUGGGAUGCAGCCUUCCAAACCCCAACAGCCAUCACUUAAUACCAUGAUGCAGCAACAGAAUAUGCAACAACCGAUGAAUGUCAUCACGCAGAACUUUGCAGCUGUGAACCUCAGCCCUCAGCCCAGCAUGAUGGCCGUGCGACCCCAGAGCACCGCGCUGCUGGCGGGGCCCAUGGGGCUGGCCGUGCCCGGGGUGAUGUCGGGGGCCAUGGGCGUGGCCUCCAUGGCCCCCACGCCCAUGAUGAACCAGGGAAUGAUGGGCAUGAACAUGGGAGUGCCGGCCACGGGAAUGGGCACAAUAGGAAUGGGGGUACCCAACAUGGCUAUGACCUCUCUGACUCCUGGGACUGUACAACCCAAGCAAGAUGCCUUUGCAAAUUUUGCCAAUUUUAGCAAAUAAAGAUUGUAAAAUAAAUAAAGAAAAUGAGAUUAAAAUAAAAUAAAUGGGCAGACCGAAUGAAGGAUUUUUAGCUGCACAAAUAUAGCUGGGGAAGGGAUGGGAAA